AGCCAUACGCAUACAACAGCUAAAGGUCAAACAAAAAAAAAAAAGAAAACAUACCCAACAAUCGGCUUCACAAACCAAAGUCAUACCCGAAAUUACCCUACCCGAGUCUUAGCCGAUACCUGGAAAUGGUGUUACCGAUCGGGUUAGGGGAACCCAAGCCCCACUCCUUCCCCCCUAAAUAUUUAGCCAACCGCUUAAAGCCAAAAUUAUCACACUCCGUGACUCUCUCUCUCGCAAUCAACCUCAACCAAAAACCCCUUUUCUUUUCUUUUUCACUUUCCCGCCACCAACCAACAAAAAUGCUCCAACAAUCUCACUUUCUAUCUUUAUCAAUUAACCCUAAUUCUAAUUCUGGUUCUUCUUAUUUAAUCUCAUCUAAUUUAAUUGACUUCAAUCCAUCUUUAUCAUCAUCAUUAAUUUCAAAAAAAUCAUUAACCCUAAAACCUUUCUUCACUAAACCACCUCCCAUAUCCAUCUCUAUGACCACACCAAAAUCCACACUUUCCAACGCCGUUACCGACCACCGUGAUUCGGAGGACCUCGAUCAUUUUGAAACCGUUGCUGACAGAUUAGCUGAUGCUUCCGGUGACGUCAUCCGGAAAUAUUUCCGCAAAAGAUUUGAUAUUGUUGAUAAACCUGAUUUAAGUCCGGUAACGAUAGCCGAUAGAGCUGCAGAGGAAGCUAUGACUCUGAUCAUACAAGAAAGUUUUCCGUCUCAUGCUAUUUAUGGAGAGGAAAAUGGCUGGCAAUGUAAAGAGAAUUCUGCAGAUUAUGUGUGGGUUUUAGAUCCAAUAGAUGGGACAAAGAGUUUUAUUACAGGCAAGCCCCUUUUUGGCACACUCAUUGCUCUACUGCACAGAGGUAAACCGAUUCUUGGCAUCAUUGAUCAGCCUAUUUUACGAGAAAGAUGGGUUGGUAUAACUGGAAGAACCACAAAACUAAACAGAGAAGAAAUAUCCACUCGCAGCUGUCCAAAACUUUCACAAGCAUAUCUGUAUACAACUAGUCCACAUCUGUUUAGUGGAGAUGCAGUAGAGGCAUUUGCGAGAGUCAGAGAUAAGGUAAAAGUGCCAUUAUAUGGAUGCGAUUGUUAUGCAUAUGCACUUCUGGCCUCUGGGCACGUGGAUCUUGUAGUUGAGUCUGGUCUCAAGCCAUACGACUUCCUCUCAUUGAUCCCGGUGAUAGAAGGUGCUGGUGGAGUAAUAACUGAUUGGAAUGGGAACCACCUUAGCUGGGAAGCUUCACCCAAUUCACAAGCAAAAAGUUUUAAUGUAGUAGCAGCUGGAGACAAAGAGCUUCAUCAACAAACCUUGGAUUGUUUAGAGUGGCGCUGACUUUCAACUCUUCCUGUACGCAGGUUUUAAUGUAGUAGCAGCUGGAGACAAAGAGCUUCAUCAACAAACCUUGGAUUGUUUAGAGUGGCACUGACUUUCAACUUUUAGUUGGGUGGGUUUUUUGUGUUUAUCAAUUUUCAUAUUAUAAAAGUUGAGAAAUUUUAGAUACGGAUCUGUUACCCCAUCCUACGAGACUGCAACUUUCAAUAAUCUCUGCAAGCUUACCAAAUUCUACAGCCUUUAGCUCUUGUAUCAUCUGUAACUAAUAGCCACAAUUCCAACUUCAAUUAUACUUGCAGCCUUCUCUCUAUUAUCACAAAUGAAUUAAUGAUAUUUAUUACUUA